GAGGAUUAUCUCUCCUAUGACAGCGUUCGGUUGUCAUAUCAGUUCCAAUUCACAGUAUCUCGAACACUCGUAUUAAAUCCAUUGCAAUCAUAAAUACACUGCAGCCGUAGUUGAAAAGACUUUUAAGUAUUCAAUUGUAACAAAGUUCUGAAUAAUAAUUGUAGCAAUAUAGUAAAAAUUCUGUCGGUAUUCGUCCAACUCCGCUCAUUUCCGUGAUACUCAUUGUUGGAUGAAUUGCAGGCUUAAUAAUGAUACAUAUCUAUUCGACAGUCGUGAGUUGUGUGGCCAUGGCAUUGUCUGUGAGUGCAGUUCUUCCGACCCUAUACGAGUACUAUACAGUUCCCAAAAUAGAAACAGGAUUGUCUGCCAAUCAAUCCUACUUCACUCUCAAUGGACGGAACAUUAGUCUGUACAGUGGCACUUUGCACUACUUUAGAGUUCCGAAAGCCUACUGGAGAGAUCGUUUGAGGAAAAUGAGAGCUGCUGGUUUGAACACUGUUGAAACGUACAUACCAUGGAACUUACACGAGUUCGAGGAUGGCAAAUACGACUUUGGUAAGGGUGGAUCUGAUAUGCAGGAUUUUCUAGAUGUCAAAGAAUUUUUCGAAAUUGCUAAGGAAGAAGAUUUGUUCGCUAUCGCUCGUCCUGGACCCUUCAUUUGUGCUGAAUGGGAAUUCGGAGGUUUUCCAAGUUGGUUGCUGAGAACCAAAGACAUAAAAGUGCGUACCUCUGAUCCUAAAUUCAUGAAAUACGUUACAAGGUAUUUCAACGUAUUACUUCCUAUAUUGGCUUUACUCCAAUUCUCCAAAGGUGGUCCUAUUGUUUUAUUCCAAAUAGAGAACGAAUAUGGCAGUACCGAAGGUAACGGCUUCCUCCCCGAUAGAGUAUAUCUCCGCCAACUCGUGGAUAUUUACAAAAAGAAUGGUAUUCGAGAACUACUAGUAUCUUCAGAUAGUCCCACGGCCCAUGGGGAUAAGGGAUCCUUACCAGGAGUACUUCUGCAAACAGCUAAUUUCGCAGGUAAUCCAAAAGCUGAAUUCGAUAAGCUGAAGGAGUUACAGCAUAACAAACCCACGAUGUCUAUGGAAUUCUGGUCAGGAUGGUUCGAUCAUUGGUCUGAAUACCAUCAUACUAGAGAUGAUGAUGAUUUUGGUAAGGUCUAUGAACAAAUUCUGACUUAUCCUGCUUCUGUCAAUAUGUAUAUGUUCCAUGGAGGUACGAGUUUCGGUUUUCUCAAUGGUGCAAACGUAAACAACGGAGCAACUGACAACUCGGGUUAUCAACCAGAUACAACCAGUUAUGAUUAUGAUGCUCCCCUGACAGAAGCUGGUGAUUAUACUGAAAAAUAUGUUAUAGUGAAAAAACUACUGAAGAAGUACAAUAAAGUAGUGACCAGAAUCCCAGUAACGCCAGCUAUCGGCGAAAAGAUUGCAUAUCCUAAAAUAUCUGUCGAGAAAGAGAUGUUACUUGAUGAUAUUUUAGCCAACAUACACAAUUCGGUAUCAUCCUCGAAUCUGAUCUCAAUGGAAAACCUACCAAUAAACAAUAACUCUGGACAAAGCUAUGGAUACAUCCUUUAUCGUAAGGAAAAUAUCGACCUUUCGCCUAACUCUAUACUAACAAUCGAAGGACGAGUAUGUGACAGUGUUGUAGUUCUUGUGAAUGGUAUGCUCAUAUCUAAACCCUUGUCAUAUACAGAAGAUCUCAAUGGUUUUGGAUUCUGGAGACUGAAAAACUCGAACCUUACUUUAGGACCAAGAGGAUUAAAGAAUGCUACUGUAGAUUUGCUGGUAGAGAACUGGGGUCGAGUUAAUUUCGGUCUCCUUCCCCAGUUCAAUCAGUUCAAAGGUUUGUGGCAAGGAGAUGUGCUGAUCAACAAACAGAAAGUUACUUCCUGGAAAAUAUAUCCCAUAGAGUUCAAAAAAUCUUGGAAUAACAAUCUUGUUGGUUGGAAACCAUUAUCCGAGAGGUGGGCACCUGGACCAUCUUUGUAUAAAGCAACCUUAAACAUUAAAGAAGCAAAAGAUACUUUUAUUAACAUGGAAGCAUGGACCAAAGGCAUAGUAGUAGUAAAUGGUUUUGUCCUUGGGCGAUACGCCAGAAUAGGACCUCAACAAUCACUUUACCUACCGGCACCUUUCUUGAAGAAUGGAACAAAUUCUAUUUUCGUAUUCGAGCAUUAUAUGCCAGCAUCUGAGAUCAAAUUCUGUAAAAGUCCUCAUUACAAAACGAUCAAAAAGAGAGGCAUUCAAGGAAGAGCGGCAUUCAAAAAAUAAUUGAAAGAUAAGAAAUACAUAUUUUAUUGAUUAUUAUUGAUGCAGUUUCCCAUGAUGUGAAUGAACCGAAUAGUAGUUACGGGUUAUCACAGUAUAUACAGAUAACAAUAUUUAUGAAUUUCAAUAAAGAUAAAUGUUCUCAUAUGUCUUUAUAAUAAUCUUCCACUUGACCAGUAGAAUACUCAUGGAAUUCAGUCCCGGUAAAUGAAGAUUAAUUGAAAUUAAAAUUUAAUUUAUUUAUUAUUUCUUUGUAUUUUAAUAUCAACUAUGUAUCCAUAUCAAAAAAUAUUAAUAAUGGAUUCCACUACGAAUAUGAAUACUCUGCACUCAAUUAUAUUAAUGGAUGUCUGAAACGUUUUCAGUUCCAGGGGCCCUGAUUGAGUUUUCAUGUAACAUGUAACAUAUUCAUGAAUUUUCGAACCCAUUUAUCGAUAAUAUCGCUUUGAUACCAAUUUAGUGAUGCAUUUCAAAUACAGAGAAAUAAUUUUUAUUAUGUAUGAUAUUGAAUUCAAUUGUACCAAAAUAUCAUUUUUGAAAUACACAAUACAAAAACUUU